CAAUACAAUAUACCCCACCUAAGAACAAAAAAGCCACAUAUAUAGUCCCAAAUUAAAGGCAUAAUAUAAUGUCUUCUCCCCAUUGCAUUGCAAACCCACCAAAGCGGUGCUCCAGCUAUGGGGCUGGGAAGGUUCAACAACUUGGAGGCCUAAAUUGCUACGUUUCUGGACCUUCUCAUUCCAAACUUGCUGUCCUUCUCGUCUCUGAUGUUUUUGGAUAUGAAGCAACAAACUUGAGAAAAUUGGCAGAUAAAGUUGGAGAUGCUGGAUUUUAUGUUGUGGUCCCAGAUUUCUUUCAUGGAGAUCCAUAUGUUGAGAAUGGUGAUAAGCCUAUCGGUGUAUGGCUAAAAGAUCAUGCUGCUGAUAAUGUUUGUAAGGAUGCAAAAGUAGUGAUUGAAGAUUUGAAGGCUGGAGGUGUCACUAAGGUUGGAAUUGGAGGUGUAUGUUCUGGAGGAAAGGCAGCCGUGGAUUUAGCCAAGAUCCCAUGUGUGGAAGCCACCGUCCUAUUGCACCCUGCAUUUGUCACUUUAGAUGACAUUCAAGAUGUGAAGGUUCCCAUUUCGAUACUAGGAGCGGAAAAUGAUGAAACAACACCCGCACAAGUUGUGAAGCAAUUCGAGAUUGCUUUGCAGGCUAAGCCUGAGGUUGAUUCCUUGGUGAAGAUAUUUGCUGGCGUCACCCAUGGUUGGACCGUGAGGUACGAUGAGGAUGAUAAAGUAGCAGUGAAGGCUGCUGAAGAGGCUCAUGAGGAUUUGUUGAAAUGGUUUGUUAAGCAUCUCCACUAAUUGUCUCUACAUUCUACAAAACAAUAAAAACAAAGGUUUGGGUCAUAUUCCCUGCCCUGCGUGCGUUUCUGUUUGUUGUAUCAGUUUUCUAUUUCUGUACUAUACUUUGUAUAAUGUAUUAAUGUUGGAUGCUCAAAUAAAAGGUUGCAUUGUAUAUUUGUAUUUAUCAU